CCUUACUUAGGUUAUCCAUACCUCACAACCUCUGAGGAUGCCUAUCAUAGAUGUGGGCGAAACGUCAGGAGAGAAUACUUCUGGAACAUGGCCACACAGCCCGAAAGACAUACAACAACCCUGUGAUCCCGGCCAUGAAAGCCUUCGACAACACCUUUCCCUUCUGUUUGUAGAGGAGGAGACCAGAUUUCAUGCUUCUUAAAGCCAUUCUACUCUAGAGGAGAGUUACAGUUGGAUUACAUUUAUGAGAAAACAUCAAACAAUAAUCUUUCCUGCCCAGUCCCACCCUCAUACGAAUGACACCACAGCUAUGAAGAAAAGAGGAAGAGGAAAACCAAGACAAGAGCCAGCUUCUGUGAAAUAACUGUCUCCUCAGGAGGCAUUUCCUUUUGAUGUUGCGUUGAUAUUUAGAAGACCCAUUUUCAGAAAUUACUGAAUCAGAAUGGGUUGGAAGAUGGCCCCUUCCUCAGUCUUCCUGCUCCUCUUCCUGCUUUUGCCAAAUGGCCUUUCCUCCCUUCCAAAUGUCAAACAAAAACUGCUUUAUGAUGACAGACACCAGAAAUUUACCUGUAUGGGGUGUGUGCUUAUAGUUUCCAUGGUAGAGCAGCUUGCUCAGGUCCACAACUCUACUGCAAAAGAAGCUCUGGAGAGAUUCUGUGGCUACUUACCUGAAAAAUGGACCUUACAAGACAUUUGCUUUCUGAUUUCUGAAAUAUUUGGACCAAGUAUAAUUAAAAUGAUCGAAAGGAAAAUGAAUGCUGAUGUAGCAUGCCAUGCCCUUCAGCUAUGUAAACAGGAGGCAGGACAACCAUUUUGUCAUCUUUAUCCUCUCCCUAAGGUGGGGUUAAAGGUAACUAUGAAGAAACCAGAAAGAAUGGCCACAGUGAAGAUCCUGAAGCAUAUUCCUCGGUUACUAGGCUUGUGUUCACUUCCUUUGCUCAAGAAUUUGUGUAAGAAAAUUGAAGGUUUUGUCAAAAACAAGUUACCUUAUGAAGACUUCGAUGGAGAUAAAUUCAGCAUUUUCCCAACCUUGAGGGGGUAUUACUGGAGAGGCAGAGAUUGUGAUGAUGCAGACGCCGCUGUGUAUCCGGGAAGACGCCCUGAUCAGUGGGAUGUAAAGGUGGAUUCUAACUGUAAUGGAAUAUGGGGUGUGGAUCCCAAAGACGGCAUCCCUUAUGAGCAGAAAUUCUGUAAUGGCACAGAGUCCAAGGGAGUCAUUAUUCUGGGAGAUUCAGCUUCAGCCCACUUUCAUAUCCCUCCUGAAUGGGUGACAGCUUCACAGAUGUCAAGGAAAGCAUUUUCCAACCUUCCUGAGGCAUUAACCAACGAGCUCGAUUGGCCCCAGUUUUCAGAAGCCACUGGAUUUCUCAACUCCACCAUUGGGGGAUGGACAGAGUCGAUUUAUCUACAGCUGCUCAGAAGAAACCGCUGCAAUCACCGAGAUUACCAAAAUCUUUCUAAAAAUGGUGGUUCUUCAGAAAAUGUUCUAGAUCUACUGAAAAGCUUGGCAAGGAAUCAACAAUUUGACAAGCCGGCAAUAGUUUUCUUUUCAAUGGUUGGGAAUGAUGUCUGUAAUGGGUAUCCUGACACCGUGAAACACAUGACACAGCCUGAGAAAAUGCGCAGCAAUGUUUUGCAGACUCUGCGUCACCUAGACAGCCAUCUUCCAAAAGGCAGCCAUGUAAUUUUAAUUGGCUUGGUGGAUGGCCGCUUCCUGUGGGAUAACUUGCAUAAGAGAUACCAUCCUCUUGGCCAGUUAAACAAAGACGUCACAUAUGAACAAUUUUAUUCAUUUCUUAGCUGCCUUCGGAUCAAUCCAUGCAAUGGCUGGAUGUCUUCAAACAGCAUGCUUAGGGACUUGACCGCGGAGAGAGCUUCACAACUUUCCGAUAUUCUGAAAGAAAUAGAAAAACUUGAGAAAUUUACUAAUUUUGAUCUUUUCUACAUGAAUUACCCAAUCAAAGAAAUCACAGAAAUGUUGCAGAAGAUGGGAGGAGAGGCCUGGCAGCUAAUAGAACCUGUUGAUGGAUUCCAUCCGAGUCAGAUUGCUUCUGCACUUGGAGCUAGAAUUGUCUGGAACAAGAUACUCCACAAAUGGCCACGUGUCCUUGGACAAGAAAAUCCAUUUAAUAAUGAGAUUGCUAUGAUCUUCAAAGAUCAAGGAGGGCACUGAUCUCAGUACUAUGAAACGGAAGUGGGAAUCAGUUCUUCAUGAAGAUUUGAAUCCUCUUGAAGAUAAUCUGUCAUCAAUUACAGAGCUGUGCUUUAUUUUUAAUUAUUGAAUUCAUCUGUGUCACAUCACUUGGGUAGAGCUUUACACUUAUAGUUCUGACUGGUCAACAUAAAAUUUUUGUUUCUGGUUUAUUUUAUGUGUAUUUUAUAUAACGUAUGAUUAUGUGUUUCAUACGCCUUGAGCCCAUGAGAUGAGGCGAACAGGAAAUUAAAUUUAUUGGUAUUAUUAUGAAUUUACUCAGUAUGUCACAAUGGAGAAGUAUAGUACUAAUUACAGAGAAUAGUGUCACAUUAAUUAUCUUGACAUAUUUUAGCAUAAACCUAAUGAUUCUAAAUACCCAUCCUUUUAAAAAAGAAAGUAUUGCAAGACAACACACUCAUUGGCUGGAAUCCCAUUGAUACAUUUUUAUUUAUAUAUGCUGAGAAGUUCUUGUUCCUUGUUUUAAAACAGCAGAAAAAGUGGACAUUGAAAAUAAUAAUACAAAGGAUGACUUGAAGAGGGGGAAGUUGAAAGAAUUAGUGUUUUUAACCAUAGCAAUUAAGACAGUGUCCUGCAACUAAUAUUUUAAAAUAUGCAGCACUAUCAGCGCCAACACAGCACAAUGUGGUACUCCAUUGAAAGCUUUUAUGAAAACUGCGCAUAUGCAGUUUACCUGAGUAGCCAUGAUAUUUCACUGAUCGGUUAAAAUUAUUGCUUUAACAGGCUUAAUGACAGACUAUAUGAAGUAAUACUUUGUUUAUAGCAGCCCUGCAGUCUGAAUUUUAUUUAAAAAAUACUGUUCUCUAGUGCCUAAAGACCAGUGAAUUUUUUACAUCCAAACUAUGAAACAUAGAUUAAUAUGGCUUGGAGAGGAAAGUAAUGAUAAAAGAUGCUGUUCUUAAAGCAGCUUAAAGCAUUCCAGAUGCUUGUUUCAUAGCAAUAUGUACAAAUGCCCUGCAUAACUGAUAUAUAUAAACCACACUGUGCGCAAAAUCAUGCAUCAAAAUAUCUUAUUUUCACAAUUGGAAUAUGUUCCUAUUUUAUGCAAUUUUCUUUGCAAAAAGUGGUACUUUUUGCAAAUGACAGGAAUUAAAACCUCAAACUAUUUAACACCUAAAAGGUGAUUUGAAAAAAGACCACUAAUUAUAUUUUUAAAAUCCUAAUAUAUAUAAAAAGUGGAAGUUCCUGUUUCAGCUCUCUAGUAGAACUGAAUCAAUUUGAGGCAUACUUGUUAGGAAAAAAUGUUUACUGAUAAAACUUCCUAGAUUGUUCUCCUCCCCUUGUGCAGAAUCUUUUUAUUCUUGAAAUAAAGCAAGCUUUGAUAAUAGAAACCUUUACUUUAAAAGUGAACAGAACUACAUAUUUCAAAAAGUUUUAUAAUAUAGAACACAUUUAGCACAGCAAAAGUGCUUAAAACAGCUAUCUAUCAUACCCCAGUACUAGAGUUAAAACUCUAAAGGCAGCAAAUAGUCCAAUACAAUGACCAUCACAUCCAGAUAUAUUAAAAGAGCAGGGUUUGUAUCUGACAUUGGAAGCAAGCUCUUACGAGAAAUUUCUUCUGCAAUUCAAGGCUUUCCAACAGGAACAUAGCAAGCGUCAGGCUGCCACAUGCGAAGGUCAACAAGAACUUGGUUGAGUCUUUGCAUCCACAGAUUACGCUCAUCUUUAGUAUCAGCAGAUAACCAAUUCCUUGUUUAAACAAAAGAAUCAGGGCCAAAGUAUUAAUCCACAGGGAAGAAAAAACAGAGGAUGUCAUUAACAAUUAAAGUUCUCCAGGAGUAGAUCUACAAAAAUAACUACUAGUAAAAGUAUUGUAUAAUAGCUUACUUGGUAACACACAAAGUGUCUUUGCAUUGGCUAACAAGCGUUUCCUUGUCAUCUUCUCUCUGUGGCCGAACAGUAAUUAGCUCAAAAGUGUUGGGCCGAGCACAGAAUUCUCUGUUGGCAGGUUCAAUUUGACGACUGGUGCAGUUUGCUAGGUUUAUUGAGCCCAAAGGAUGCUGAAAUGUAAAGAUCAGUAUUUCUUAGUCUUUUGAUAUUUGUCAAUUUGCAAAUAUUUACACUGCUCUGAAUCUGGAGAUUUCAUUAAUGACAAGUAACCCAUAGCCUCCUCUGAAAAACUGCGUAAGAGGUUGUUGUAAAAGCCAUCACCCCAACCAUCAUGCCACUUCAGGCUGUAAAUACUAAAAUAAAAUAAAUAGAUACAGUCUCUACAGUAAAUACUUAUGCAAAUUGAGAGUUACCUUUCGUUUUUCAUCGUCUGGGUAAGUCCAAUAAGAGAUACAAUUGCCAGAAAGAGCACACCAACGCCGAUGCCAAGCCCCAAACCCACUGACAUCUUCAAACAUAGUC